UGACCGUUCAGGCCUCCAGGUUACAUCGUACUGAACGACCGCUAGUCCCAUGGCCAUUGCUCUUCGACGACGGUCUCUCAUUCGAAUAGCGCUUUUUCUGGGUGUCAUAGCUAUCAUUCGUCUAUUCAUCGGCUCUUCUUCGUCGUCCGCUUCGGUCACCUCCCUCUAUGGCUACGACCCGCAGCAGAUCCAAAAGCAGGGUGUGCUAGACCUCGUCACUCGGGGCGAGAAGCUUUUAGAUGCCCGGAAACACAAAUUCUUGCAAGUUCGCAUGGGGAGGGAUGAAAGGCCAGACUUGUUCAGCGACACGAUUAACGACGGUAUACUGGACUACUGGGAACGGUUCCAGAAGCCCUUCAUUACAGGGCGUGACACUUCGUAUAUGGAUGCCCAGUCUGUCCUGACCGCCAUCGAGGAACUCCUGGCGUUGAAUGGCUGGGUAGCUUCAAAAUGCGCGACGCUCACUCGCCCAUUCGGCCAGAACAAAGAUGACGAUGCGUACGACGAUCUCGCAAAUCAGGGACACCUGUAUUACAUUGGGAUGGUUAUCCACUCUGCCGACCACUUCCUCACAGAUCAGCUCGCCGUCAUCGUCCAGCUUGCUCGCCGCCUCGGCACCUCGAAUCUCUUUGUUUCCAUGCUCGACUACGACUCUUCGGACUCGACAGAAACUCUCACUGACCUGUGUGAGGCGGUCUUAAUACUUCUGGGUGUGCCAUACCGGAUACGCAGAGUGCCGGGCAUGACGGAGGACCCUGCAGCUGCAUACUACCCCUUGGAAGAAGCACACACCCGCAACUUUGCGCUCGAACCUCUACAUGAGCUGUGGGAGAAGCGCAAGAUACGGUUUAACCGUGUCAUCUGGCUGAAGGGUUUUACUUGUCCAAAUGACAUUCUGGAAACGAUUAAGAUUAGCAUGGUCAACGAUGCGGCUAUGGUGUGCGGGAUGGACUGGGCAGAACACAACGGGUUCUUUAUCUUUUCUGAUAGAUGGCGAACCCGAGAUAUCAACGGAGACCAGUUUCGCCAGUCAAAAUCCUCGUCCCUUUCGUCGUCAUCACUCAACACCGUACCUCCGCGAGAUGCUGUGGGUGCACAGCGAUACGCCAAACAUCUGCCAUUCCAAGCGUUCUGCUGCGAAUCUGGUACACAUGUUAUUGACCCAGCUCAGUCAUACUACGCUGGCAUAUCAUAUCGUGCUGGCACAAACUACCACAAUGCGACGCUACCGAAUGAUCCGCCAGCUCGGAGGCCCGACGAUGAAUGCCUUGACAGCACCCAGGCAUACUUUUGCCGUGACUUAUGGGUAUGGAGAGCUAAGGAGGGCAUGAAGGACGUCGACGACAUUGACGUGUCCGAGCCGCCGCGAAAGGAGAAGCGUUCCCUUCAAGACUUAGCUGCACGAGACCCUCAGAACAAGGAUCCCGACGCUAACGUCGGCUCUGAUUACGACGCUUCGGACUUGCCUACGUCUGAUCCUCCGCCGCCCACGUCUGAGCAGCGCUUGACAGCGCCAAAUUCAGUGUUCUUACCUGCGAGGAUCAUGGUCAACCCGCGUUGCGUCACUACGUACGCAGGCGUUUCACACACCCGGCUCGCUCUGGACCUCUUCGGCCCGCCAGACAGGGAGGAUCGUGACGAUGAGCAGAGGGAAGAAGAUAUAUUGCGAGAUUGGGAGGGUGCCCCGGAUACGUUUGUUUGCCAGGAGCAGCAAACGACUGGCGGAAGGCGAGCAGCGAAAAAUCAACGUCGCCUUGGAUUCUCCAUCCAUAAAGAAUUAGAGGCUUCUCUCGGACAGUCAUGAAAAGACUUCUCGUUGUCAUGCUAUGCCUGUUGUAUUUAAUACCAGGGAUAAUCGGUACUACUUACUCUGGAACUGAGUCGAUAGUAAUCUAGUAAUCACUGGUUGUCAGCAGCUCCUGCCUUGCAAAGGCGUACUGAAGCUCUGAUCACGU